AUGACCUUUUGCGGAAGGCCCGGCGCCCCGGCCGUCGUCCCCCGGGGGGGCGACCGCGCGGGGCCAGGCCAGCGCGCCCGCCGACCCCGGGGGUCACCGCGCCUGCCUUUGCGUGCCAGGGACAUUUCGCCCCUCCUGAAGGACCCCUGCUCCUUCCGCGCGUCCAUCCGCCUCCUGGCGAAUCACCUGAAAGAGACCCAUGGCGGCAAGAUCGACUACAUCGUGGGCCUAGACUCCCGAGGCUUUCUGUUCGGCCCCUCCCUGGCCCAGGAGCUUGGCCUGGGCUGCGUGCUCAUCCGGAAGCGAGGGAAGCUCCCCGGCCCCACUGUGUCCGCCUCAUACACGCUGGAAUACGGGAAGGCUGAGCUGGAAAUCCAGAGAGACGCCUUGGAGCCCGGGCAGAAGGUGGUCGUCGUGGACGAUCUGCUGGCCACUGGCGGAACCAUGCGAGCAGCCUGCCAGCUGCUGGGCGAGCUGCGGGCGGAGGUGCUGGAGUGUGUGAGCCUGGUGGAGCUGACCUCGCUGAAGGGCAGGGAGAAGCUGGGGGCCGUGCCCGCCUUCUCUCUCCUGCAGUACGAAUGACUGCCCCCGUCCCCACGGCCUGGCAGAGGAGUUCCAGCCUGGUGACUGGCCGCCGGCCACCAGGGGGCGCUGGCCACUGCCUCGACUUUUAAUCCUAACCGUUUUCUGCGGUUGCCCUUUUCUAGCGCCCGGGCCACUGUCUCAGGCCCUUCCUGCCAGUCCUGAAGGUGCCAAGGCCUGGAGCUGGUGGCUCGGGCUGGAACCCAGCCCAGGCCACUGCAAGUCCAUUUACAAACACAGAAAGAGUGAAUAAACUGCUUUGCUAAA